UUCCCCGCCCCCGCGCCUCUCUCUCUCUAGGAACCUCAAUCCCCCCUCCUCUCUCGCUCCCUCAUCCCCUUCCCCAUGAACCGGAGGCUUCGAAGCCCCAACGCCAAGGCCUCGCCUUCCAAGAUCGAGGCGCGGUUCCAUCGGUACCUGAGGCCGGGUGCCCUCGCCCGGCUCCGGGACUCCAGGAUCAGUGCCCGAUCUCCCCGAUCUACCCUCAAGAUCCCGAUCCCCCGCCUCUCACCUCCUUCUUCCCCCCAGACCACGACGAACGCAGCGGCGGCCGCUGCCGCCCAGAUGGACGGCUCUCCUUGCUUCGCCGUCAGGUCCCACGGCCCCCGGUUCCCGCAGCGGAAGAAGCUAGUCGCUGCCAAGUCCAUCUUUUUCAUCCCCUCAAGCCCAUCAGGGCCGGAGCUUUCGGAUGCUGUUGUGGAUGUAUUUAACUCCGAUCUCAUUGUAGCUCACUGAAUAGAAAUAAACGGGGACCUCUUUCUGUGUAGAAUUUUUUAAAAAUCUUCCACCCUAUUUUUCUUUGUUUAUUGGAUGGCAAAUAUUCGUGAUUGUGAUGGGCUAUGUGAAUGAAACAUUGGAGAGAUCAAGAGUUAAAACAUCGGA